ACCACUUCCGGUGUGUCAAUGUGAACUUAGCUGUUCCUCUCUGUCUAAAACCCUGAUGAGUCUUUGAUCUGUGUUUUGAUGAGCAGUAACAGUGUAAUCACUGAGGGGAUGUUCUAUCUCUAUCUAUAGUUUUUUUUUUUACAGAAACGUGAUUUUCCUCAAAGACAAUGCAAAACGGCUUUAUUCUUCUUCUGAUUAUUUGGAACUCUUCCACUUUUGCAUCAGGAAACGGUGAGUAAUUGACUAAAUAAUUGAUAUUAAACUGUUAUUUAAAUUACAAUUUUGGGAAGUUACUGUUGUCUGGCAAUACAUUAUUCAUAUUUUACAGUACUGGUGUAUAACAGAAAACAUAUAUUUCGGCAGACGCAAAUCACCUUCAGUUCCCGCUGGGAUGUCAAGCUGUGAUACCUUGUCAACAUUCCAAAAGUGACUCAGACUCCUUCCAAUGGUUUUACAAGAAAGAUGAGCAUAGUCACAAAGUCCAGUUAUUUUUUCAAGAUAAGACAGGAGUAGAGCGCCAUCAGAAGUUCUCUCGUUCCAGAAUGAGGGUUCUGCGCAAUCGUUCCUUGGUCAUUCAUCCUUUAACAGAGGAUGAUCAAGGCCUUUACUGGUGUGAAAAUUGUUUUCAAGACAAGACAAUUGUCAAAAAUUGUCAGAGUAAACAGCCAACAGUCUUCAGUGUGAAGAAAGAAAUUCUGAAAGAAACUUAUAAGACAUGUUACGUUACUGCAGGCAGGAGUUUUACUCAUGCCUGUCCGGGUGAACCGACUAACUUAAAAUGGACUUUUGAAGCAAGUCACAUGGCCGCACUCAACAACUCUGUACAAGGACCAGAAUUAUACAUAGUGACUUCCAACAAGUCUAUAUACAUUGUCAAUGUUAAAAGAGCAAAUGCUGGGAAAUAUACCUGCUGGACAAGUGGAUGUGAUGGACACAGACAGAAGCUACUUAUUAUCAACUUGUGUGUGAUUAUUGUACAUAACAGUGAGGAUUCAUCUGUUUCUUGUGCCGUGAUAUGUAACCUGGAAUUCAGUAACAUCGCAGCAAACAGCACAUCAAAUGUGGAAACAGGCACGAUGACUAAAUCAGUGUUUGUAGAUCCAUAUGGGUCUUUAAACUGCAGUGCAAAGCAGAUGUUUGAAGGAUACAGUACAGUACAGUACAGCACUCACGGACCAUCAAAUGCUGUAAACAAAACAACAGCGUUUCCUGUUCAUCUUUGUUGCUGCGGCUUGAAUGGCAGUGCUGUGGUGGAAGAGGAUGCUUCAGUGGUUUAUUCAUCAGUUGUCAUCAGGAGACCUGCUGCAACAACAAAGAGUCAUAUUACUCACAAUGAUUGUGUGUAUAGCGAAAUAAAAGUAUAAAGAAAAGG